GUCCCCGUAGGGCGUGGACCUGCAGCAGUAUUCCAAGCAGGUGGAGCUGGAGCUGCAAGAGGUUGAACGCGCUUCCAUCCAUGACUACAUCAAAGAGAGUGAGAACAUCGCCUCGCUGCACAACCAGAUCACCGCUUGCGAUGCCAUCCUGGAGCGUAUGGAACAGAUGCUGAGCGCUUUCCAAUGCGACCUAAGCAGCAUCAGCUCCGAGAUCCGGACGUUACAAGAGCAGUCGGUGGCCAUGAAUUUGCGGCUGAAGAACCGCCGGGCCGUACGGGAGCAGCUGGGCCAGCUCCUGGAUGAGCUGGUCGUCCCCGCCGCCAUGAUCAGCACCAUCCUGGAGGCGCCGGUGACGGAGCCAGAAUUCCUGGAGCAGCUGCAGGAGCUGAACGGGAAAAUCAACUCGGUGAAGGAACAGGCAUUCAGGGAGACUGUGGCCUGCGCCGACGUCCAGCACGUCCUGGAGAAGCUCAAGAUUAAGGCCGUCACCAAGAUCCGGGAGUUUGUCCUGCAGAAGAUUUACUCCUUCCGCAAGCCCAUGACCAACUACCAGAUCCCCCAAAAUGCCUUGUUGAAGUACAGGUUCUUCUACCAGUUCCUGCUGGGCAACGAGCGGACAGUGGCACAGGAGCUGCGGGAGCAGUACGUGGACACCAUGAGCAAGAUUUAUCUCUCCUACUUCAAAUCUUACACCAGCCGCCUCAUGAAGAUCCAGUACGAGGAGGUGGCCGAGAAGGACGAUCUCAUGGGCGUGGAGGACACGGCCAAAAAAGGUUUUUUUUCCAAGCCCUCACUGAAAAACCGCAACACCGUCUUCACUCUGGGCAACCGGGGCAGCGUCAUCGGGGCGGCCGAGCUGGAGGGUCCCAUCAUCGUCCCCCACGCUGCCCAAAAGAGCGACGUGCGAUACCCCUUCGAGUCACUGUUCCGCAGCCAGCACUACGCUCUCCUGGAUAACAGUUGCCGCGAGUAUUUGUUCCUCUGCGACUUUUUCAUGGUGACGGGUCCCAGCGCCCAAGAUCUUUUCAACGCCGUCAUGGGAAAGACCUUGACCAUGUUCCUGAAGCACAUGGAAGCGUACGUCUGCGAUUGCUACGACAGCAUCGCCAUCUUCCUCUGCAUCCACAUCGUCCUGCGCUUCAAAGCCAUUAUGGCCAAGCGCAACAUCCCUGCUGUCGAUAAGUACUGGGACACGCUACUGGACAUCCUGUGGCCUCGCUUCAAGCACAUCCUGGAGCUGAACAUCCAGAGCAUCCAGAGCACCGACCCCCAAAAGUUGGGGUUCCUUGACACCCGACCUCACUACGUAUGGGAGCGGGCGGUGGAAGAGAGCAAAGAGGUGGAGGGCUUCCAGCAGCUACUCUCUGCCCGCACCCAGGAAUUCAUUGAGGAGAUCCUCUCCCCCCCCUUUGGCGGGAUGAUCGCCUUUGUUAAGGAGGCUGAGGCGCUGCUGGAGAAAGGGCAGCUGGAACGGCUGCGCGGGGAGGAAGCCCGCGUAACACAACUCGCUCGAGGUUUUUCCAGCACCUGGAAGGCGGCGGUGGAGUCGCUCAGCCAGGAUGUCAUGCGUUCCUUCAGCAACUUCAAAAACGGCACUGGCAUCAUCCAGGGUGCUUUGACGCAGCUGAUCCAAUAUUACCACCGGUUCCACAAGGUGCUGGCGCAGCCCCCCCUCCGCUCCCUGCCCGCCCGCGCUGAGCUCAUCAACAUCCCCCACCUCAUGGUCGAGCUCAAGAAGCACAAACCCAACUUCUAAAAAA